GAGAACCUCAACCGCGCAUCUUUGUUUACGUUUUUCACUCGCUCCUCGACCUGGUCAGCCCUACCAUGAAUCCCUUGGGAAAUACUCAGGGAGCAACUCCAGGUCAGAGAUUUCUAGGGACAGGCAGUGGGAUAACAAGCGCUGAGAGAGACAAGAUUUAUCAGUGGAUCAUCGAGCUUGCCAAUCCCGACACACGAGAAAAUGCCCUGCUCGAACUCAGUAAGAAACGCGAGUCAGUCCCCGACUUGGCACCGCUGCUGUGGAACUCCUUCGGCACCAUUGCAGCUCUGCUCCAGGAGAUCAUCAAUAUUUAUCCUGCCAUUAACCCAGCAACACUCACUGCCCACCAGAGCAAUAGAGUCUGCAAUGCCCUGGCUCUCCUGCAGUGCGUAGCCUCACACCCUGAGACGCGAUCGCAGUUUCUCGCCGCUCACAUUCCACUGUACCUGUAUCCGUUCCUGCAAACUGUCAGCAAAACACGGCCGUUUGAAUACCUCCGUCUCACGUCCCUCGGUGUAAUUGGUGCUCUCGUGAAGACCGAUGAGCAAGAGGUCAUCAACUUCCUGCUCACGACAGAAAUCAUUCCGCUCUGCCUUAGGAUCAUGGAGUCGGGGUCUGAGCUGAGCAAAACCGUUGCCACUUUCAUCCUGCAAAAGAUCCUGCUUGAUGAGACUGGCCUAAACUACAUAUGCCAGACUUAUGAGAGAUUCUCUCAUGUUGCAAUGAUCUUGGGCAAAAUGGUCAUUGCCUUGGCAAAGGAACAAUCUGCUCGUCUUCUAAAACAUGUGAUCCGUUGCUAUUUGAGACUCUCGGAUAAUCCAAGAGCCAGAGAAGCUUUACGACAGUGCCUGCCUGACCAGUUGAAGGACCAGACCUUUGGUGCCUGCUUAAAGGAUGACAAGUCAACCAAGCAUUGGCUCCAGCAGCUCUUGGCAAAUCUGGAAUCUACUGCCGCUGCAGAUCAUCGAAUUACGCUUCCCCCUCUUGCUGCCCAGUGAUGCUGUUUGAAAGAAGAGAAGAUGGUGUUUCUAGGAAGCUACACCUCAGGGAGUGUGGGUCCCACAAUGUAAGUCGGCACACGAUGUAGUUUCUUCUGGUUCAGAGAAAGCAACGUCGUACAGCGUGUGGUCUUUGCGUGGAACAUCAAUCGCCCAGAAUGACUGUCACAGACAUGCGGCAAACUACAUUUCGCAGCCCACACUCCGAGAGACAUACCUUCCUGUCACCAAAAUGGGGCUCUGUGUCAUGUGAAUCUUCUAAUUACAGCACGUGUGUUUGUAUGUGUGUCAAGGCUGCUUAUGUGGUGGUUAUGACUAGAUGAAUAUUUUUGGAGGCAUAAUUUUCCAAUGCCUCUCAUAACCUGGACUGAGAUGGCAGCAUGUUGUGAUAUGAACUGUGCUUGGCAUAAACUAAGCAUUGUUAAUGGACAUUGUGCUUGUGAACUUAGCCAAAAGCAAUUUUGAUUUUGCAAGGCUCAUAAACAUGUGAUUUUUCAUUUGCUAGGCUGUUGAAUAAGUUAAUGAAGAAAAACACUAGCUUUGCAAAGCAGAGGCUGUACUUACCAAAUGUGGGUAAUCAUUUUGCCAUUGUGUAAUAAAAAUGUGCAGUGGAGGUUAUAGCUAUUACUGGGUCAAGCCAGGAGCCAGUUAGGGGUUAUUUGUUUUCCUCCAUGAGGUAGACAUGUAAGAUAGAAGGGUCUCAAAAGUUAAAAGGAAGGCUUAAGAGUUGUAUUCAGGUGGUAAUCAAACUCAGUUACAGAUACUGAAACACAAUGUUUUGAUGCUCUCGGUAAUUCUACUUUCACUAAUCAGCUCUGGAUAAGAUAUGCCAAAUCAAGUGGAUUCUAAGGUGUUUGUUUAAUCAAGUGACUGAAAAGCUUGACAGGUGUGCAUGAAAGGUGUGUUGUUAAGAGCAUCGUCGCACAAGACAGCGGUGUGCUCAUAUGCUUAACUGGUUUGGAAACUUCCCCUGGAUGUGGCCUUAAAGAAUACUCUUCCUCAUUUGUACCUGCCAACUGAAGCCAAAUUUUUGGGCUUUAUGUAGUCAAUGACACUUGCUUUGAUUGCUGUGCUGGUGGAGAAGAUGCUCGACCAAUGUGCAACUUUUUCACUCCUUGAAACUUGGUGAAGCAAUUGACACGGUGCCUGGCAUUGAUCAAUCAGGAGAUUAACAGUAUAAUUUUUACAGUGGAAUUUGCUGUGCAUUUAAUAAUUUUUUUGAAAUGGGUGAGAUAGCUUUGAGACAUGAACUUGUACUUUUAAACAAAGGGGAACUUCUGAUAGAACUCACAGUUUAGCAAGAAUUAAAAGAGAACAGACAAAAGAAUUAAUAGAUGGAGGAACUGUGAAAAACAUAGGGUAGGUAGUUUAAAGAAACGAGUGACCUUUUACAAUCUGAAUGGCUUUUUAUUUGUUGCUCCCACAAGACAUUUUGCCUUUAUAACUGAAAAGAUGUCUUCAUUUUAGCCACCUCUGGAAAUUUGGUAUUAUGUCAAAAAUAACCAAAACAGGGUAAGUGUCACAUGCCAAGUCAAAACUGAGAAUAAAAUGAAACUACAAUGUUGAGAAAGGGCUUUUAUAUUACGUAGAGUUGUACAGUCCAUAUUUAGGAAGUAGUUUUCUGUGAUUACAUAGAGAAAGGUAAAACUAUUUUUCAGUGUGUACAUAUUUCAUCAGUCAGAUUCAGAGAUUUACUCUGCAGAGGCAAUAGUGAGGACUACUAGUCUCACAUUUCCGUCAGAUGCUUUAAGAAAAAAUCAGCAGGGAACAUGGGUAAUACUAGGAAGUGUUACUCAGAUUUUGAGUUUUAUGACUAUUAUGUAAAAUUCAGAUGGUAUGAUAUUAGAGGACCAGUUGCAAGGGAUAUAGUAUGCAGGUAAACAAGGUUAUUAAAGGUAAUGACAGUUGUCACAGUUAAAAUCUUCAUAGCAUGAAUACUUGACUUUUUUCCAAGAAGUUUUUAUGUUUUGGGGAACAGUUGUACAAUCAUAUUUGGUUAUCACGAUGAGGAAAGUACUGUUCAAAUCUGUGAUUCGCUGUUGUAUUAUACACUUCAGUGGUUUACGUUUGUUUCCCAAUACUUUUUUUUUUAGAUGAAUAAAGUUCUUUUGUAUUUUGAGAGAAAUCUUAUAGUAGACUGUUCAAAUAAAAAAACAGAAUACAAUUACUAUGGCCUGUUAAUUCUGUACGAGUUUAUCAAUAUUAUUCAAGUGUUCUUAUUAACAUAUUGAUAGGAUAAGAAUUAGGAUAUUAUUCUAAAUUCUCACUCGAAUGUUCCUCUGUCUUGUACACCACCAUUAACCAUUUCAGUCACAUUUCUCCACAAGCUGGAACUGUAAAAAUGUGCAUGCAUGAAGGAAAAUGAACCAGAGUCGAGAAUUAUAUUUUGAAUUGUAAAACUUUAAGAAUUGGAGAAUGUCGGAUUAUCGUUACCGUUUUAAGUGCAUUAAGAUUAAGAGAUUUGGGGUUAUUAAAUCUCAUGCCGUCAAAAUUUCAGCUGCUCGGUGUUGUGUUGUUUCACUGUUCGCAAGGAUGAUCUUCCAAGUCAGUUUCAGAAAUGAAGUAUUCUCAGUUGAGUGGAA